UUAAAUAGUGAUUAAGUAAGUCUUUUUUAACGCAAUAUAUUAAAAUAUUAUAUUAUACUGUAUUGAUGAAAUACUGUACUGUGUUUAAUUACCACGGGUUAAACGUGAAUCUAGGUUGCUCAACAGCAUUUUUAUUUAAAAUUAAAUUAUGGUAUAACGUUAUUGCUAAAGUAUUUUAAUUGUUAAAAAAGAUUUAAUUUAUUUUACGUGAAUUUAAUUUACUUACUUAGUUUAACGGAUAUAAACGAAAAUUUCUUACAUAAUCUAUGGGAAGUUUAAUGCGUUAUAAUUAUAAUCUCUUAUUUCGGAGAAAGUUCACCCCUGAAGGAACAUUAAAAUGCGGUGUUUACAAACACAAAUUGAGCUACCGAUUGGCGUGAUUUCAGUUGGUUACAAGUAUGUUGCUAUUACUGUUCUUGUUCCAGCAAUCCACUGCUACUGAAGUACCACAUCAGGAAAAACAUAUAAUCAAGACUAUCGACUCCUGCCCCGAUGUUGGCUACUUUUUCCAACGUGACUCGGUGCCAAAUGCGCUAGUCCCUGGGCCCUGUCUGCUCUGCUUCUGCAAGGAGAACACCUCAGCUGUCUGCUGGAGACGAGACAACAGUAGAUGUGAUCACAAAAGCUAUCGACAUUACGGGAAAAGAGAGAAAAGACAACGACGGAGUCCGGGUUUUAGCGACAUUUUCUUUCGAGAUGCGACCAGAGAUGUAUUUGACAGACGAACGCCGGAACAGUGCAAGCCUUACGAGUCGAGUUUCAGUGAAGGAUGCCCACCAGCGGACUGGUGCAUUGGUUGCACAGUAUGUGAUUGUGAUGCUAAUGGGAGGUGGGACUGUCAUAUUUUAAGCUUCUGCCCUGACAAAAAAGGCAAAAAGCAAGUACAAAAAAGGAAGAGACCGUAUAGAAGUAAAAGUAUUAAAAGAAGUAAUAUAAAGGAAGAGAAAUCAAAGAAGAAAGAUAUUUUCAAGAAAAUACCACCUGAAAAAAUCACACAAAGGGGAAACACAACAAAAAAGUUUAUUAAUAAAACGCAUACAAAGAAAUCUUCUAAAAGGUCACCUAAUCUAAAUGGAAAGUCUAUACAAGGAAAAAAGGUGAAUCAAGUUAAGAAAACUACUAAGAAAAUCCAGAAAACAACUACUAAAAAGGCAAUUGACUCAAAAACUAUUAAAAAGAAAUCAAUAACAAAUCAACAAAUUAAAAGGAAUGCAUAUAAAGAGGUUCUUCAGAAUGUAAAAGAGAAAAAUGAUACCUACAAGUUAGCCGAAGCAAUUGUCAAAAAAGUUAUGUCUAGUGUAGAAAAGCUUAUGAAUGAAAAUCAGAAAAUAUUGAAUACUAUCAAACCAAAGAUAUUACAAAAACGACAAAUGCCUAAACAAAAUGAGACAAAAAUGAAAAAAAGCUUAAAUAAAACAGACAACAACUUUCCAAAGAAACAUUGGAUAAAAAAAAUUAAAGUAAAUAAGUUGAAAGAUCACCCGAAAUACAAUACAAGGGAUAAAAGAAGCAUUAGCACAUCAGAUUCAAAUACAAUAGUAACUACCGUUGACACGACAACUAUAACACUUCAACUUAGAAAUGAAACAAAAGUUAACUUGUUGGACACAUCAAAUAUUAGCGCUGCUUCAACGAAAAUAUUUUAUUACAAAUAUGACCUUAACAAUAGUACAAUGGCCCCAAAAUAUCAAACUAAAAUUGAAACUUUAACCAGUAAAAUAGAUAGUAAUCAUUCAAUGAGUAAGGCCAACGUAAGCUUAAAUCACUCAAUUUUUAAUGACACUGAUAAUGAUUUUAUAAAACAGCUUCAUGAUUUAAAAAUAAAGCACAACAAUUUCAUUGCUUCAAGAAUUAAAUUAAAUGAUAAGUGGAAAGACCUUCACUCGUUACUAUCAAGAGAGUAUAAUAAACGUAUGUAUAAGAAAUAUAAAGAGAAUGCAACCGAAUCUAAUAUUAUCAAUGUCAAAAAUCAAAAUACUUCAUGUGGUAAAGUAUGUUCAUUCAAAAAGGUAUUUAAUAAAAUUAUAUAUGGGACAGAGUUCAACAGUACAGAUAUAAACAAAGCUAAGAUUAAAAAAAUUAGUUUAGUAACAACAUUAAAAAACUUUUUUAAACCUUUGUUAACCAAAAUCAAACCUCGAACUAAAAAGUUUAUUCAUGCCAGAAAUAAUAAAAAUGUUCUAAGUACUCUUUGCAGGAAAUUUGAGUUAUGUAAACCUGACUUAAGUGACAAACUGCUUCGAUUUAAAUUGACAGAACUGAAUCGUGAGACACAAAACAUUUUUAAAAUUGUAGGUAGCAUUAAAGGUUUACUAUAUUUAUUAAAUACAACUGGAAACUCAUCGGAAACUGAAAUACCUGAAGUUGAGAAAUUAGAUCAGAUUUUGAGGGAAUUGUACAUGAUUGAUGAGGAUAAAAUUAAUAUAACACAAACUAAACGAAUUCAAAUUAAAUAUGUAAAAAGAAACACUCAAGAAUUCGUUAAAUCCUUAGAAAAGUUUGCAUUCACUCUGAAAGAUAUAAUUCAUAUUCUACAAAAACAAAAUAAAACUUCACAAUUACAUAAUACGAAAUAUCAAAGAAAUAUGAGAUGUGCGAAGCACUCGAUAAACCGUAAACAAAACAUUGACGACAAAUUAACGAAAUUAAAAAAACUAUUACUAAAUUAUAACUUACUUCAAAAUAAGUUUAUGUCAAAAAUGUAUGAUGUUUUAACAAGUUCGGAAAGUCACGAAGAUGGUGUAAAGUCAAAAGUAAGUGAAAAAAGGGUAUUUAAUAAUUCUUCAGAAAUAGAAACAUAUUCUAGAAAUAUCAUUGAAAAUCUUAGGAAACUUCAAAUAAUAGGACAAAAACUGAGUUCUAGAUCGAGAGUUAAACGUAACUCUAUGGGUGAUGACGAUGCCAUUGACUAUUUAUUAGUACUUAUGGAAUAUUUGUUAAAACAAAACAAACCUGUGGUAAACCCUCAAGUUAGUGAUGGCAUCGACUUAUUGAUAGACGCAAUAAAAAAUGCACCUGAUAUAAAACCUAUUACGUUGAAUGCAGUGCGCUUUACAACAUUUAAAACUCCAACAAGGACAACAGAUUUUUCAGACAAUUCAUUUAGUAGUAGAGCACAUAAUAAGAAUAACAAAGGUAAACACUACUUUCAUACAAAAACAGAAUCAUUUGAUGAUACUUUUUACGACCCUGAUGAGAAAAAUAAUUUAAAAGGAAAUGUAAUGGAUAUAAAUAUAAUGGAGGGAGUAACCCCCUUUUAUAAUAACAAAAUAAAAGAAAAUAAUAUUGAUAAUACAGAAAUUGUAGGCGAAGAAGUAAUAAAUUCAGCCCAUGUUUAUUUUAACAAAAACCCAGCCGAUACGCCAAUAGACACAUUUUUAAAAGAAAAUUCAGGCAUAAAGUCCUCCAAAAAUAAGUACGAAGUAUAUAAUGCUGAUGAUGAUGAAGAAGAUGAUGAUUUGGAUAUAACACCUAAGAAAUUACACAGAAAUAAAGAUGUUUACAUGAAAGCAGAAAUCGAUAUAGAAAAAGAACGUGAAAAAGUUCUUAAUCACCUAACUGAUGUAGUUGAUGCAGUUAGCGAUAGUAAAAACAAAAAUGACACAAUCUAUAACCAAGAUUGGGAAAUCGAUAACAUUGAUCUAAACUUAAAAGUUGAAACUACUACAAAAGUGACACUUAAACCAAAGCAAGUAACACGCACUGCUAGAAGGCAUGUAGAUAAAUAUACUAAUCCAAUAAGUGGGAUGUCGAGUGAAGAGCUUGAAAAUCAUUCGAAGCCGAUAAUCCAGUCUACUAGCAAAUUGAAGAAAAUAGACAUUUUCAGUUCGUUCGAUUAUAAUACAGAGAGAACAGAUGUUGACUCUGAAUCAAAAGAAGAUAAAAAUGAUGCGUUUUCAGACUUUGUUUAGAACAAGGACAUCUUAAAUCUAGCAUUAGAUUAAAUUAAAAUACGAUUGAGAUUAAUUAGAAUUUAAUACUAGCGACUGAAUUUCAGUCACGUAACAUUAUUUUACUGCAUCCAAUGUUAUGUCAUGUACGUUUAGAUUGAAAACAGUUAUUACGUUUUGCUCACACAAUUGUAUCAAAUUAUUAUUAUAAAUGCUAGUUCACCUUGCUCCUAUUUCGUGAUCUGACAAUCUCUUGGUCCCUUUAGGGUCGCAUUCAUGCGAAUACAUCGCGUGAUUAGACUUUUCUAAAUUUAAUUGUAAAUACAAAAUAUAUGCAGUGUUUAUUUUAAUUUACAUUUUAAUAUAUCGUAAUUUUAAUCAUAGUUGUAUAUCGACAUUACCCAGUUAAGUCUCGUGAUGUUAUUUAUUAAAGGUUGUAAUAAAACACAAAAGUUAUUUUUAUAAAUAAUAUAAUAUAAAUGCGUCUCUCGUCGCAAAGUUGCUUUGAAAAUAACCAAAUUCCAACCCAACUCAAAGACACUUGCUUCGCUGGGAGGCUAAUAAUGACGUGAGGAAGAAACAAAAAAGCGGUACCUUAGUUUUAUCCGUUGUGAGAAAUUACUACUAAGAAUGGAAUUAAAACAGGAAAUGUUUUAUAUAGUAUAACCGUACUAUGCGAUUGGGUUUUAUUUGAUUUAAAUUAGUAUUUUAAAUGUCAAUGUCAAUUGAUAAGGACGUAAUUACUUAUUAGCACUUACUUAAGGUAAGUAAGCUGCACAUCCGCUGUGAAUGCAAUUUCCGUUACAUUACAUAAGAAUUUUAUUGAAACCAUAUAUGUCUCAGGCUUUGUUUGAGCCACUGCUUCUAAGUUUAAUUAUCACUCAAAAUAUCAGCAAAAAAUAUAAUAAUUAAAAACAAAAUUAAAUAAACUAUCUUUCUGUGCCUAGAUAUCUAUAAUGCAGUUACUUGCAUGGAAGGUCCAUAUAUAAUUAUAGAUUGUAACAAAUUGUUGUCUUUUUUAACGUGUGCAUCCUUUUUCAAUUGCACCGAUGCAGAUAUGUACGACCUAAGCCCUAUACUCGACUUCACUUACAAGCCUCGGCUACGACAUCUAAAUCUGAACCAAUCAUACCAUAUUCUCUAAAGUAUGUUGCUAACGUAAUUUAACCCCAAUAAAGUCGAUUCUGUAUAGAACGAUCGCAGUUUCUAGAUCGUAAGGCCUUCGAUGUCGAAUCACUGUUAACAAAAUCAAACAACGCAACAUUCGCUUGGCCCUUGUUAAACAACCGAGCGAUACUCAUUUUAUUGAAUAUGAUAAUUAUUUUUACACGUUUACAUAUCAAAUAUUUAAGCAUAUUCCUCAUGAAACAAUAGAAUAAGCAAGAUUUUUUAAAUUAUAGGUAAUGUUUAUA